UUAUAUUUACGGAGAGAUAUGAUUUGAAUGCUUUUGUACUUGCAGAUGUUACUUCAGUGUAAGUAUAGUGUGUAUUCCGUCCUACAACUAACUGGACUGUAACUUACCCAUUCCGGGAAACACUUUCUUUACGAGGAAAAAUUCUAUAUUAACACUAACACUACCGUCUUAUUUUAUCUCCAAAACUGUGUUUUUAAUGUCUACAUAUGAGUAUAGUUCUGACCAAUGCUAAUUCUGCUGAUUGCUCAGUAGUACUAUUUUACAGCAAGAUGCUAUAAUAGUAAAAUUUAGAUAUGUAACUUGGUCAAUGUGACAGUUUUGUAUUCGUUGUCUCUACUCCAUCUGUCAGUGUUUGCUUUCACCAUUAAACGCUCUUUCAGUGACAUCUAGUGUUCAAGUAGAGGAUGUUUAUUUGCUUUUCACAUACUUGAUAUAUAUAUGUAUACUGCAUGUUAUCAUAAGCAGAAACAGAAAAGAUUUGCACAAAAAAGUAAAACCAAACGGAUAUAGAAAUAAUGUAUAAUUCAGAUAUAGGAGAAUUAAAUAAACCGUGCAAUAGCAAUGUUUUGUUAUUUGUUGACUGAUGUACUAUUUAGAAAAAGUCCCAUGCAGAACUCUAUGUUCAUUCACUUGCACUCAAAAUCUAAAGGACUGGAACAAAUGACACACUUGCACAUUUCCCUUCUUCCCCCUUCGAGUGGCUCUGAUGAUGUCUGUGCAGAGGCUUAACCCGAGGAGUUAACAGCAGCCUGCAGAUGCCACGUAUGAAAGGAGGAGCGAGGGAAGAAACAGCCCCUCCCUGCACCGCUGGGCCUCACUUUAAACCAGCUACAGCUUCUUUAUAGUGAAUUAUUACCUCUUUUGUCCCCCGCGUGUCACAGUAAAUAAACAGACUAAUUACAGUCACAGUUACGGUCAUUAAUAUAAAUUACGGAUUUCGGACAAUAGCGCUGUGUUGGGGGGCGUUUAGACCAAAGUCGGAGCCGGGUAUGUCCCUCACUAAUUCGCAUUCAUAUAUUUUACUUUUUAUUUUUAGUUAAUUCACGCUAAUGGUCGAUGUUGAUCAUCUGGACUAUUUUGAAAGUUGACCAAAUCCCUUUUCAGGAACAAUCAUUGCUGCUGCACCAUGGAUGCUUCUGCAGAAAAGGGAUUCUUCUAAAACAAUAUGCACCAUGUGGUUUUAGAUGGCAACAAGGAGCAUCACUAAGGUGCAAUCUUUUUUGGAAUGCGGUUCUUGUGCAUUGUAGUGGACCCAUGCAGAGCCCGAAGUUUAACACGGGACAGCCCCCAUCCGCAUACCUCGACGCUAGAGACGACACGACGCGCUCACUGAUACGCUACUGGGCCAGUUUGUGGGACUGUACUGGAAACAUUCGCCAUCCACGACUGCAAAACACCAGCAGCCCUCACCCCUGACACACACACACACACACACAGACACACAAACACACUGCUCUCGGUGAGCUCCCAUUGACGAUGACUGCAAAAAACCGACACAAGAACAGCUCGAGCGAGAAGAGCGCCGCCGCCGCCGCCGCCGCAUCCAGCGCGGAGGAUGCGCCGAAGAAGAGCCCGAGGAGCACCGGCAACGGGGUGAGCGGCCCCGGGCCUCAGGGGUCAGGAUCGGGGAGCUGCCUCAGCCUGGGCCUCGUCGCGACCGCGCUGUUUUACGUCGCGUUGCUGAGCGCCGCCGGCUUCGCUGCUUUUUACAUGCAGCGAGUGGUGGAGGAGAUCCAGAAGAGCGGCGCCAGACACGAGGAGGCGGCGCGUCAGAGCGCGGAGCUGAGCGGAAAAGUGGAGCGCGUCGUCCAACAGGUGGAGUCCCUGGGGAGCGUCGUGGACGGACUGGAGUCGUCCCUGGGCGUCACGCGGGUGGAGCUGGAGGGGGCAGUCAGCCGGAUGAAGAGGGGCGAGGUGGAGACGAGGAGGGUGGAGGAGGCCCUCCAGCGGCUCCAGAACAACCUGCUGAAGGACCUUUCAGACGGCAUCAACGAGGUGAAGGAGGCCCGAGAGCGGGACUUCUCCUCUCUGGAGAACACCGUGGAGGAGCGUCUGGCCGAAGUGAGCCGGUCCAUCGCGGCCAACGUGGCGGAGUUCACGGAAGCUCAGGGCGAAGCGCAGAGCCAGCUGGCCGGCGUCAAGGCCCGCCUGGCGGACAUUGUGGACCCCGCGCUCGUCAAACAGGAGCUCUCGGCCAUCGUCGAUGCCGUAGCGGAAAUCAAAAUGGCCAAAGAGGCUUCGGACGAAUCGGCCGACUCGAUCCUGGAGCAGAUAGGCGCCGUGAGGUCGGAGCUCCAGACUCGUAACCAGGAAGUCGCCUCGCUGUCCCUAGAAGUCGAAUCAGUGAGGUCGGUGGUGCAAGACACCGUGGGGAACCUGAGGCAGUCACUGGCCGCGACGGAGGCGGAGGUCCAGGCUCUGAGGGACAAGAGCGCGACGCUGGAGGGCGUGGUGCAGGACGCCGCCGAUGCCGUCCUCAGCGUUGAGAAGCAGGUGGCGGCGGAAGCGGCUCAGGUCCAGAGGAGAUCGGAGGACCUGGAGGGCAGGGUUAAAACGUCGGAGGAGAACGGUGAGUCCCUGUCGGCGUCCGUGUCAGACAUCUCCGCCAAAGUGGAAUCCCUGUUCGCCAAGUACGACACCCACGAGAGCGCGCUGGCCGCACAGGGGCGGGCCGCGGAGAAAGCCCAUUCCGGCGUGGACCAGGAGGUGGAGGCACUGAAAAGCAUUUUGGGGGAGCUCCAAUCCAACAUGGCCGCGCUGCAGAGUUUGAGUAGCACGGUGGAGGGUUUGGAAGCCAAGGCGGCCAAGCUAGAGCGCCACGAUGAGUCGAUUUCUGCUCUUCAGAAGGCCCUGCAGGAGACCACGAAGACACUGGAGGGCCUGUCCAAGGGAAAGAAGGGAAAGUAGUUGGGACAAUGUGACAUUGGGAUGCCAGAACAUGACAACGAUGAUUACCAAAGGGUGACCAUGGCGCGCGUUCUUUUCCUGUUUUCAUGAAGAAUUGUUUUCGACAAACUUGACGGUCAGUCGGGGGGGGGGGGCAGAGCUGUAAACUGCUGCUGAUCUGUGAAUUCAAAUACACAUUCAUUCUGCACUGUAGUUCCUCUUUUUCUAAUAUCUUGUUUUUGUUGAAUUUUCUGCUGUUUCUGAAUUUUUUUCUGCUGUUGUUUUUCUGGAACAAACCAAAUGCAAGGAGAAGCUCUUUGUUUUUUAGAAUAAAUAAUAAAAACUCUUGUUGACGUAGA